GACUCAAUUUGACCGAUUUAGUUGAGUCUUAGUUAUCGUUCGUUACUCUUACUAUCAGGAAAAUUUAAAUGUCGUUUUCGUACUCGGUAUUUGUGUGGGCAUUUGCUAUAGCGAUUCUAUCAACCGAUGCCAAUACUAUAGAAAAACCGAGAACAUCAUGUCGCGAACCGGUUAUUUUUCAAAAUUUUAAUUUGACUCGCGUCUUGGGACAGUGGUAUAUGUACUCUCAUCAUAAUCAUCACUUUGAACGUGGAUGUGACUGUUUUACAUCAGAAGCGGUAGAAACAGAACCGAACAUACUGCAAUUAUCAAAUUGUUGCCAAUUGUCAACAGUAACCAAUGAGACACAAACGUGUAACGUUGGCGUCACUGGUGCGAGACUUCCGAACCCCGAGAAAAAAGAAGCAUUUUUCUUGUUCACGAGAGCUGGAGUAUCAGUCGAAUCACAGCUCUGGAUCAUCGACACCGAUUAUGACAACUACUUGAUUGUAAAUGGAUGUGACCACGCAAGUGAUGCCGAAGAGCAUGAACUUUUCUGGAUUUACUCAAGAGAUAAAGAAAUCGAUAGUACGGAGAUGAAAAUAAUUAACGACGUACUGAAGGCCCACAACUUUGAAAGGAGCAAAAUCAUCAGGCACAGACAUGAAGCAGAUAUCUGCAGGUCAAGAAGACCACAAAGGGGAAACGAACAUGGUCAGAGCAAUGAUGGUCAAGGUCAUGGCAAUAGUAGUGAUGAUAGCAAUGAUGAUAGUCAAGAUAAUUGAUGUUUGUCACUCAAAUACCUUGACUCAAUAAAUUCUAAAAGUGAACUUUAUUCAUGUCGUGCCGGGACAUACACCAAAUAAAUCCUAA